AUGGCUCCAAAAGAAGACUGGGAGAAAUAUAAGGCUCCCGUAGAAUCCGACGAUGAUAAUAAACUGAAGGAUGACAAGUCAAUUCCAUUAACUGAAGGUGACAUUCAAGUAUUAAAGACAUAUGGUGCUGCUCCAUAUGCUGCAAAACUUAAGGAAACAGAGAAGGAUUUGAAGGAGAUUGAACAACGAAUCAAGGAAAAAUCUGGUAUUAAAGAGAGUGACACUGGUCUUGCUCCGUCACAUCUUUGGGAUAUUAUGGGUGACAGACAAAGGUUAAGUGAGGAACAUCCACUACAAGUUGCUCGUUGCACAAAAAUCAUAAAAAGUAGUGCUUCUAAUGAGGUUUCUGAUGAGUCCGCUGUUAACGGUGCUAAUACUACAAACUCAGCAACUACUGGCUCAGGAAACGAUGGAGACGCUGAAGGUGAUGAUGACGAAGAUGCCAAAUACGUGAUUAACUUGAAGCAAAUCGCAAAAUUUGUCGUAGGGUUGGGUGAGAGAGUCUCUCCCACAGACAUAGAAGAAGGUAUGAGAGUUGGUGUUGAUAGAUCCAAAUAUCACAUAGAAUUACCAUUACCACCCAGAAUCGAUCCUUCAGUUACAAUGAUGACUGUGGAAGAAAAACCAGAUGUUACAUAUAGUGAUGUGGGUGGUUGUAAAGAGCAAAUAGAAAAGCUACGAGAGGUUGUUGAAUUACCGCUAUUAUCCCCCGAAAGAUUUGCCACAUUAGGUAUAGAUCCACCAAAGGGUAUUUUAUUAUAUGGACCUCCAGGUACAGGUAAGACUUUAUGUGCAAGAGCUGUGGCUAACAGAACAGAUGCCACAUUCAUUAGAGUUAUCGGUUCCGAAUUAGUUCAAAAGUAUGUUGGUGAAGGUGCUCGUAUGGUUAGAGAACUAUUUGAAAUGGCCAGAACAAAGAAAGCCUGUAUAAUAUUUUUUGAUGAAAUUGAUGCAGUUGGUGGUGCCAGAUUCGAUGAUGGUGCAGGUGGUGAUAAUGAAGUGCAAAGAACAAUGUUAGAACUGAUUACACAACUAGAUGGUUUUGAUCCUCGUGGUAACAUUAAGGUGAUGUUUGCUACCAACAGACCCAACACUUUAGAUCCAGCUCUAUUAAGACCAGGUAGAAUUGACCGUAAAGUCGAGUUUUCACUUCCUGAUCUGGAGGGUCGUGCUAACAUCUUCCGUAUCCACUCAAAGUCUAUGAGCGUUGAACGUAAUAUAAGAUGGGAACUGAUUUCAAGACUAUGUCCAAACUCUACUGGUGCAGAACUAAGAUCAGUAUGCACAGAGGCUGGAAUGUUUGCAAUCAGGGCUAGAAGGAAAGUGGCUACAGAAAAAGAUUUCUUGAAAGCUGUCGAUAAAGUCAUCAACGGCUACAAGAAGUUUAGUUCAACAUCUCGCUACAUGCAAUACAACUAG